AACACUCAAUGCUGACUCCACCUCAUCGUUUCUUGAAGUAACUUGCCUCAUUUCUUCAAGACACGCGUUUCCCAUGAGGUGCCCCCAACACUCGGUACCAAGUACUGCACGAAUUUUCAAAUGCACGACUAUGAGUGGCGAAAGCAGCGAGAGACAGUUGACUAUAGGGACCAGAGUGACGGUAUACUGGCCCGACCAUGAUGAAUGGUACAAGGGAACUGUGGCGGAUGAGGCCAUCGACGACGACGAAAGAUUUCUCAUUGAGUAUGACGAUGGCGACACGGAUUGGCUCGACACCUCCAGGGACAAGUGGAGAAGGUCAAAAAAAACCGACAAAUUCUUGAAAGAGGAGACGGUCAAUCUCAAUUUACAACGAGAAAAGAUGGCCAAGCUCCAAGUUGGAUCGAGACUCUCCAUUGGUGGCCUGAAGAGCAGGAAUUCUAUACCGGAACGAUCAAACGAAUGGAAGAAGACGAAGACGCUGACGAUGGUGCCAUGCUCUACAGAGUUCACUACGACGAUGGAGACAAGGAAUGGUUGGACCUCUUGCACCGAAAGUUUAAGAGAGUACCCCAGAAGGCCUUGCGUUUGAAAGUCGGAUCACGGGUGUCGGUGUAUGAUGAGGAGGAAGACAAGUUCUUUCCAGGCACAGUCACUAAGAUCCAACCAGAGAGUAAUAAACCCCAUCGUGUGAAGUACGAUGAUCAAGAUAGGAACAAGGAAUGGCUCAACCUAGCCGUGCAUCCCUUUCUAGACAUUGAGAAGCCAUCCCAUGCAGCUCCUGAUGCUACUGUCAAUUCCAACACCUUGAAAAAGCGCAAGAAAGAAUUCAUGAAGGAGGAUCCCAACUCGUACAAGACCAGAAAAAAUGGGCAUGCCCUCAGAGUCGAGGAAAGUAGAAGAAGACCUACAGUCAAAGAAGAGCAAGAAGAAGAGGGAUUGAAGACGAAGCAGGCCACGACCGCCUGUCACGAAGCCUGCGGAAUCUGCAAUGCUGUGGCAAAGAGACCCCGGGCUACUCAAUGCCACCACAUUUUCUGCAAACGGUGCAUCACUUUUAACGAAGAAUACAAAAAGACGUCACGGUGUCCACUUUGCCCGCAGGUCGCUGGCUCUGCGGAGGGCCUUGUCAAAUAUGAGCCAGACCAUGUUUCCUUCAAGCCAGUGGAGGCUCUGGACCGAACGACGGCAGAGGUGGUGCACUCGUACUCCUCAGCUGCCGUAGCAUCCCGUGCCGUGAGCGUUCCUCCAGCUUCCAUUAUCACAGCCUGUCAAUCCAAGCGGCGAGACGAUCGUGAAGUCCAUGGAUACUACUGGCGGUUCCAGGGCUGCACAGAUCGCAUAUUGCGAGUUGGUGAGGGCGUCAAGGAUGGGGUAGCUAUAGAACAAGUUGACUUGAACACUGGCAAGGUUAUUGAGGUGUUUGCAUCUGGACGAAAAGCCCACGAAAAGACUGGAGUCGGCCGGGUAGUCAUCCGAAGAGUUCUGGAACGAAGAGGAAAGGCCAAUGGGGGAGGUUUCUUUUGGCGGUACCAAGGGGAAACACACGGACCGUGGCCCGACCCCGAACCUGUUUGCAAAACUGCUGUGGAACAACUUGACUUUGAAACGGGAGAUAUGCUCAAGUCGUUUGCCUCCUUGGCAGACGCUAAAAGAGCCAUGGGCAUGAAACCGAACUCUGGGCACAUUCGAGAUGUUUGUGAUGGGAACGGCCGAGCCACUGCUGGUAGUUUCUUUUGGCGGUGGAAAGGAUCAGAUGCCCAACCGAAUCACAUGAUGGGAGUGCACAAAGUCAUUCAAAUUCGAAAAGGCAAAUGUGGGGAGGUCGUGAAGGAAUUCCGCACCUCCCGAGAUGCCCAAGCGUACUUUGGCUACCAGUGUUGCUGGAGCAAAUUGUGUCGGUACGCCCGAGAUAAAGAGUUCGCGAUGGGCCACCACUGGCGUUAUCGAAUGCUGCGAGAAAAGGCGACCGCUCAGGAAGAAGUCCUGGGGAAGAGAUUGUCGAUACGACAACCAGCGGGCAGCGAGUUUGAGUGGCUUGAAGGCAAGAUCAACGCCUUCAACUCGCAGGCUGGGAAAUUUGAGAUCCUGUAUGAUUCUGGAGAGACAAUCCACUGCAGAUUGGAAGACAUCCAAUACAAGUGGAAGAAUGACUCGGGUCAAAAGCCCGUGGAGCAGCUGGAUUUGAAAACCGGACAGGUCUUGGCGUCGUUUCAGUCUCUAAGCGAGGCAUCGGCGUCGCUGGAUCCACCUUGUCACCCAACUCGCAUCGCUGCUGUUUGCCAUGGACGAGUCCGGGCGGCACAUGGCUUUUUCUGGCGCUUCCAGGGAUCCAGCAAUCAACCUCGAAAGAUCAAAGGUAGGCGCAAGAUAGAACAGCUUUGCCUGAAGACGGGGCGAGUUCUUGGCACCUUUGACACCAUUACAGCUGCUGGCAAAGCUGUUGGUAUUACAACACCAGGAAUCAGCUACUGUUGCAACGGUAGAAAUUCAUCCAAGUCUGCUGGCGGGUUUGGUUGGAGGUUUAGCAACGAAGACGAAGAUCAUUAAGCUCGCGUUCCAGUAGUUGUUGAUACCGGUAGCCGACAGGAAGUCCAUUCAACCUAGCUAGUUGAAGGCAAGUGUGGACGAGCCGCACCUAACACCGGUUCUGCGUAUUAUACCACUCGUAAUGUCAAGUCGAGUUUCUCGUACAUGAAGUAGUUUUAUUGUCGACCGCUGUUUGUCUCGAGG